UCGGCUUGGCCCCACCUCCCUCACAUUACAGAUGCACUUCUCACGAGCAGAGCAGACUUUGCAUUUUAUCACUCCACCUUUGAGAGGCGCAGAACACAGCAGCCAGACAUGUCUGAGAAGAUUUCCCAAACCGAUUCAUCUGCUGUUCUCUUCAAGAGAAAAGGGGGAACGGAAUAUCAGCGAACAUGUCGUCUGGACACAACCCAUGCGCAGAGCGUCCUGCAUGUUGUUGGCACCUCUUUAAAGGCGAACCUGAACAGGAGUGCCCCUCCUGGCUCCAAGUUCUUCUCUGUGAAGUGCACUGCCAAUGUUAAAUACAGUGUAAGCCCUACACCUGGGGAGACAUCCGUUGUGUCUCCUGUACCUCUCAGUGGAAACUCAGUACUACUCAUCAGUAUGAGUCAUGCCAGUCAAGAAGAAGCUGAAGAAAAGCUGUCUGUCCGCUACUACGACAAAAAGAAAAAGGUCUUGGGGAAUGCUGUUCUGCACCUGACGGCUGUUGAGAUCUCUCUCGACGUGGAUGCUGACAGAGAUGGCGUUGUGGAGAAAAACAACCCAAAUAAGGAAUCCUGGAAAUGGGGUCCUAAUGGGCACGGGGCAAUACUUUUGGUCAACUGCGACUCAGAAAAGACCCACGACAAGACACCAGACAGUGAGGAGGUCCGCAUCUCCAGAGUGUCAGAUCUUAAGGACAUGUCGCUCAUGGUGCUGCGGACCAAAGGCCCUGCCCAACUGCCAAAAGGCUACAAACUCACCAUGCACAUCUCUCAGGGAGAUGCAGAGAGUGUUCGAGUCUUCAGAGCUCGAUCCUCUGAAGUGGUUAAGAGCAGCCUGAAGAAACUUUUUAGUGCCUUUGUAAAGGACUAUCCACUGGUGCUAAGCAGUGAGGUGCUGUCCCAGGAAGUGCCUUACCUUGGAGGCUCAGGAGAAAUGAACUUUUAUGUGGAGGGCUUGAGGUUUCCUGACAAGGACUUUGAUGGGCUCAUAAGCAUCAACCUCAGCUUACUCGAGCCAAUUUCUGAGGGCAUACCUGAGACGCCCAUUUUCACAGACAAAGUGGUGUUCAGAGUGUCGCCGUGGAUCAUGACACCCAACACCCUCCAGCCUCUGGAGGUGUUUGUCUGCAGUACAUCUGAUAACAUUCAGUUCCUCAAAGGAAUGAAGAACCUUGUUACAAAGAACGGGUGCAAGCUGAAGGUCUGCCACGAGUACAUGAAUAGAGGAGACCGGUGGAUGCAAGAUGAACUGGAAUUUGGUUACAUUGAUUCACCACAUCACAAUUUUCCUGUGGUUCUGGAUUCCCCUAGAGAUGGAGCUUUGGAUGACUUCCCAUAUGAUGUACUACUGGGCCCUGACUUUGGGUAUGUGACCAGGGUGGCUCGCAGAAGAGAUGUGAGCAGUCUGGACUCGUUCGGUAAUCUGGAGGUCAGCCCCCCUGUCACGGUGAAUGGAAAAAGCUACCCUCUGGGCAGAAUCCUCAUUGGGGUUGCAUUCCCAACGGCAACUAAGGGACGAAACAUGACUAAAGUGGUUCAAGACUUCUUGUGGGCUCAGAAGGUUCAGGAACCUGUUGCCUUGUUUUCUGACUGGCUCCACGUUGGCCACAUUGAUGAAUUCAUGACCUUUGUCCCAGCUCCCGACAGAAAGGGCUUUCGACUACUGCUGGCCAGCCCAGACGCAGGCUACAAAAUAUUUAGAGGACUGCACAAUGAUGGACAUGGAGAAGCCAAAAUGUUUGAUGGUGUGAAAAAUGAAGAUCCAGUGACAGUGGAUGACAUACUCAGUGAUGAAACUCUCAGAGCUGAAAAUAACUAUGUGCAGAGCUGCAUUGACUGGAACAGGGAUGUACUGAAAAGUGAGUUGGGCCUGGAUGACGAUGACAUUAUUGACCUGCCCAUUCUUUUCAAACUGAUGGGCGAGGAAGAUGAGUACAGAGCAGUGGCCUACUACCCUGACAUGGUCAACAUGAUUGUCUUGGGGAAAGAUCUUGGGAUUCCAAAGCCGUUUGGUCCCAAGGUGAAUGGACGCUGUGCCCUCGAGGCCGAGAUGUGCUCUCUGAUGGAGGGCCUGGGCCUCAACUGCACCUUCAUCGACGACUUUGCCUCCUACCACAAACUGCUGGGAGAGGUGCACUGUGGCUCCAACGUCCGUAGAAAGCCGUUUGACUUCAAAUGGUGGAAAGUUGAGCUGUGAAUUGUAUGCUGAAACUGAGAAAGGUCAAAAGUACAAUCCUUAUAGAUUCAGUGCUUAAUUAAUUAAUCAUUGCAUAAUUUUUGACAAAUUAAAACAAUCAGAGGUGCAUGAAAAGCUAUUUCUAGUUUUAUUAUUUGAAUCAGUGUAAAUCUACAGUUAAGAGUGGAUCUAACUCUGCGUGAUUUAAAAAGAUUGCACAAUAAUCAGGAAAGCUACACAGCAUGUAUUCCUGUAAAUUCCUUUAUAGCUGGGAAGCGUAUCAAUUUACAAUCAGAGACUUUUCAGCUGUUGCCAGCUUUAUGGCUAAAAAGGAAUGUGUACCAAGGCAAUUGUCUAAUAUGCUCAGAUCAGUACUCAGCGGUGCCAAAUUUUUAAGGAAACUAUGAUAAAAGGACUUUCUGAACAUCUUGAGGAUUACUACCUAAAAUAAGCAGGUGGAAGUCAAAAAGUUCCACAACACAGUAAACAGAUUGGUUGUUAAACAUCAAUAUAAAUGAUGGAUUAAACAGAAUUGAACAUGUCUACAUACACAGAAAAUUGUUUAAAUGCUUCAGUAAUUGAAAUACUUAAUAUAUAAACAAUUAACAUGUGAAUUGUAUCAUGUUACUUCAUUAUUAUUGUAGCACAUUAUGAAUUUGAUUUAUCUGUCAAACUUACCUAUCUAAGACUGCUGGUAAGACUAAGAUUGUUAUAGAUGAGGUGAUCUGCUAUAUAGGUUAACAAAUCAAAUGUUAAGGUCUGUUUACUGAGAUGAGAUGUCAGUUUAAACUAAAUUGAUUUUAAAUUUUAAAUAACGACUGCAGGUAAAACUGAAAAAAGUAAAACAGAUUAUGAUUCAAGCCUAGUUAUAAAAUAAGAUUUGUUUUAUUAAUUUGUCUAUUUACUAAUAAAUAUUUCUUAGUUAAUGUAUUUGUAUUGAUUAUAGUAUAAAAAUGCAUUUGACAAAUUUAUUUGGAUUGUAGCACUUUUGGCUUUAUAUACUGUCAAGCAUAUUUUUGCUGCCAAUAACCAAAAGGAGGUAUCCUUAAUGUUAAAGGAGUGGAAUAUCUUGUUUCUGUGGGGUUUCUUCUCUUAUCUAUUUUCUUUUUAAAAUAGUAACUUACUAUCAUUGUUGGCAUUGUAUCCGUUAGCCAUUAUUGAGACUAAAUUACUUAAGGGCUUGUGGUGUUCAUAAUCCUAUUUACUAAAGGUUUCUUGAUGUCAUUUACAAAAAAGAUAAAAAGAAAUAUUCAAAUCAAGUCUUUUUAAUAAGAGUUUAAGCAAAAACUUGACAAAAACAGAAAUAGAUUAAUUUGAAUUAAGCACAACAAAGCUUUUUUUCCCCCAGUGUGUAAGUGACUAAUGGAAAAUGGUAUGCGAUGCAAACACAUACAGUAGAUUGAUGGUACCUCGCCCUUUGAAAUGUGCCUUAACAAUUACACAACAUACACAAGUACCAGACUUAAUCCACUCAAGUCUUCUCAGUAUAUAAAGUUUUUGUUCUGUAAAAAUCUACUUAAUGGACAUUUUUGCAUUAUAUCUAGUAGUGUUUCAUUUCUGUCACUUUAUUUUCUCACUAUAUAGGGCUUUACUUAUUACAUUAUAUACUUUUCUCGGGCGUUAAUGUCUUAUAGACCUUUUUCUAAAAUUUGUAUGCAAUGGGAAUGCUGUCGAUUGCUAACUACAUAAUAAAUAUAAACUUCUACUGAAAUGAAA